AUGUCAGAUUCAAAUGAAGGUUCAUCAAUCGAUGAUAUUAAAACAUCUGAUGAUACAUUGGAACGACUAAGAAAUAUAACAAAAUUAUUUAGUGGAAAAUCAAAUGAAGAUGAUGAACAUCAACAAUUACAGAAAGUAGAAAAAUUUGCACCAAGUGAAAAAAUAAAAAAUACAUUUCAAAAAUUUGAAGAAAUAGGAUUAUCUAAUGGUCACCUUGAACAAGAAAAUGAUGAAGAUGAAGGUCCAUUAGCAAAUGGUAUUAUUCGAUCAACAAGAAGAAAGACAAUAACGAAAGAACAUAUACCUUAUCAUGAAAUGGCGGAAGUAAAAGAUAAAUUUGAAAAAGGUUUAGUUGAUGUCAAUAAACCACGUAUAGAAAAACGUUUGGAUGUUCGCGUACAAACUGGUUUAACAUCAUCAAAAAAGCAAGCAUUUGAACAAGGAGAAUUUGAACAAGAAAUUGAAUCACAUAUAAGUAAAACACCAAUAGAAACUGAUCUUGUUGCUGGUUUAACAUCAUCAAAAAAACAAGUAUUUGAACAACAACAAAUUAAUAAUGAAAUGAAUAUGAUAAAUAAAACAAAUUUUAUUGAACAUGAUGUAUUAGCUGGUGUAGCAACAGAAACAAAAGCUAAAUUUGAAAAUGGUCAAAUAUCAGAUAGUCCAAGAAUAUCAACAUGUUCAGAUGAAAUAGCAAGUAUUGUUGGAACAGGUCUUGCACAAGCUAAACUUUCGGAAUUCUUAUCAAAAAUUGAUGCCGAACAACAAAAUCAACGUUCAGUUAAUCGAAAUAUUGAUAUUGAUGCAGAACAAGGUUUAGCUAUAGCUCGACGUGAUCAAUUUGCAUCAUUAGCCAAUAGUGAAUUUAAACCAACAGAAAAAUAUAUUGAUGUAACAGCUGGAUUAACAAAUAUAAUUAAAGAACAGUAUAUAGCUGAUGCAAGUAAAGCAACAACAACGACAUCCAAAAUAGAAAUUCCAGCUGUCGAUAUUGAAAGUGGUUUAACUAAGAAUCGAGCAAUAGUAUUUGAAAAACCGGAUGAAACUACAGUGAAACGAACAGUAGAUAUUGAAAAUGAACUUGUUGAACGUGGUGUAGCAAAAGAACGUGUUGCUAUGUUUAAAAAUUUGGAAAGUGGUGCAUCAUCAUCAAUAACAGGUUCUUCUGGUGAUACGAAAAUACGUGUUGAUGAAAAUGGACAUGUUGUACGUGAAAGUGAUAAAAGUGAAGAAAUCUAUUUUGAAAAAGGUCAAACAAAACAACUUGUUGAACAAUGGAAAACAAAACAAAUAUCACCUGAACGAGAUGGAAUUGAUGAACAUAUUAAACAUGAUGCUGAAAUUGUUCAACAAGGUAAAGCAAAAAAUCUUGUUCAAAUGUGGAAAACAAUAGAUAAAGAAAAUACACCACCACUUGAACGACGUGGACUACGUCCUAUAACACCACCAAUAGAUAAUGAACGACAUAUAUUACCUCCUGAUGAUAAUGAAAUUAAUUCUCAAAACUUAAAUUAUAUAGAUGACAAAGCAAAUAUUGAAUUAGGUCAUGCAAAAGCUGCUCGUGAAAGAUUCUUACAAAAUGCUGAACAAACUAAUGCAAUAAAUAAAAGAAAAACACUUAAACAAUUUACACCACCACCUGAAUCAUUUGAUAUUAAUCGAAGGAAAUCAAUAACUCCUCCAUAUGAUGGGAUUAGUAUAACUGAACAAUAUACAAAUAAUGAAGAAAUUAUGCCAAUAAAAGGACAAGCAAAAUCAUUAAAAAAUCGUUUUAUUGAAUUUGAACAAGAUGCACGUAAAAUUGAAACAUCAUCAUCAAAAAUAAAAUAUGUACCAAAACGUUUUGUGAAUACACCUGCACCUAAACAACUUAAUACUGCAUCGACUGUUGAUUCAACAAAAUGUUUUGGCUGUCAUAAAACAGUUUAUGCAAUGGAAAAAAUCGAAGCAGAUAGAAAAGUUUAUCAUAAAUCAUGUUUUAAAUGUACGCAUUGUAAAUCAAUAUUAAAACUUGGUAAUUAUACAGCAAACGAUGGACAAAUUUAUUGUAAACCUCAUUUUCUUCAAUUAUUUGCUAUGAAAGGAAAUUAUUCAGUGGGUUUUGGUCUUAAUGAUUACAAGACACGAUGGUUGCCAACAAGUUCCCCUAAUAAUAUAUCAAAUUCAUAA